AUAAUAAUAAUAAUAAUAAUAAUAAUAAUAAAGUUCUCUAUUAUUAUAAUUUUUCAAUGAUAUGCAACUGAAAUGAAUGUCAUCCGUCAGUGGCAGUGUGAAUUUUUCCUAACAAAGUGAACUAAUGUUAUAAAAAACAUCCUUUUAAUUACAAACAGUCUGUGAUUGUUUUUCUAUUUUUAAUUAAUUAUGAUUAAUUUAUAUAAAACAAAUUCAAGUACUUUUUAAAAUAAUUUUUCGUUAACUAAAACUUAAUUGCAUGAAUUAACAAUUAAAGUAUUAUUUAUGUAUCGAUUAACUUAUUAAAAUGGAGCAAAAUCAAAAUCAGUCGACUAACAAUAAUCCCAGUAACGAUCCUGACAAUGUUGGAAGCUGUCUGUUGUUGCGAUAUGCAAGUCAAAAUUCACUGGACGAAAGUUCACAAAAGCAUAUACCGAGGGAAAGUGGAAAAGAUAAACCGCCUUAUCGCAAUCAUCAUCACACCAAUCGAGCUUUUGACGUUAUAAACGCUAUGAGAAAGCAAAAUCUUCUAUGCGAUGUAAUACUGGAAGCUGACGGCGGAAACGAUGUACCAGCUCACAAGAUGGUUUUGGCGGCAUGCAGCCCCUACUUUUACGCAAUGUUCACGAGUUUUGAGGAACGCGACCAACGACGUAUCAAAUUACAAGGAGUUGAUCACGCAGCUUUGGAAUUACUAGUUGAUUAUGUUUACUCAGCAGAAGUCCACGUUACCGAAGAGAAUGUCCAAGUUUUAUUGCCGGCAGCUAAUUUACUUCAGCUGACUGAUGUCCGCGAUGCAUGUUGCGAUUUUUUACAAGCGCAAUUGCAUCCGUCCAACUGCUUAGGAAUUCGCGCAUUUGCUGAUCUUCACGGCUGUUUGGAGCUACUCGGGCACGCUGACAGUUAUAUUGAACAACAUUUCUCGGAAGUUGUCGAGGGAGAGGAAUUUUCAACAUUAGCGCCACAACAAGUUGCCAAAUUAAUUUGCAGCGAUCGGCUGUCAGUUCCCUCAGAGGAAAAAGUCUUUGAGUGCGUGAUAUCGUGGGUGCACUCAGACCUAGAAAAACGGCAGAACUACCUCGCGCAGUUAAUGGAGCACGUACGAUUGCCGCUUUUAUCUCAGGAGUACCUGGUCCAGCGAGUCGAGGAAGAGCCGCUCUUGAAAGCGAAUCUCCAGUGCAAGGAUUUCUUAAUAGAAGCCCUUAAAUACCACUUGCUGAAAGGAGAGCAGAAGACUCUCUUCAAGACCCCGCGGACAAAACCGCGACAGCCUCGCGGUUUGCCAAAAGUUUUGUUAGUAGUAGGAGGACAAGCGCCCAAAGCAAUCCGCAGUGUCGAGUGUUACGAUUUCAAGGAAGAAAAGUGGUACCAAGUAGCAGAAUUGCCGACUCGCCGGUGUCGAGCGGGUAUGUCAGUCCUCGGAGGCCGGGUGUAUGCAGUGGGAGGAUUUAACGGGUCACUCAGAGUACGCACAGUUGACAUUUACGACGGGUCUGCAGAUCAGUGGUCAGCGUGUGCUGGCAUGGAAGCACGUCGUUCAACUCUGGGCGUAGCAAUCCUCGGUAAUUGUAUUUAUGCGGUAGGAGGAUUUGAUGGGACAACUGGAUUAAAUUCUGCGGAAGUUUACGACCCACGUACUCAUGAAUGGCGCAUGAUUUCGUCAAUGGGCACUAGACGAAGCAGCGUAGGCGUGGGAGUAGUUAAAAACUUACUCUACGCAGUUGGAGGCUACGACGGAGUUUCCCGACAGUGUUUGUCCAGCGUCGAGUGCUACAAUCCAGAGAAAGACAAAUGGAAAUCCGUUGCAGAGAUGUCUGCUCGACGCAGUGGCGCUGGAGUAGGCGUUCUCGAUGGAAUUCUCUACGCAGUUGGAGGCCACGACGGUCCGCUAGUUCGUAAGAGCGUAGAAGCUUACAAUCCGGAGACGAACCAGUGGUCCGCAAUAGCGGACAUGGCUCUGUGUCGACGUAACGCAGGUGUAGUUACUCUGAACGGUCUUCUAUACGUGGUAGGAGGCGAUGACGGGACGUCAAACCUCGCCUCCGUUGAAGUAUACUGUCCACGAAGUAACACCUGGACAACGCUGCCGAGCUGCAUGAAUAUCGGUCGCAGUUACGCGGGAGUUGCUAUCAUUGACAAGCCCCAAAUCCUCUCAGGGGCAAUGUGAG